UGCGAAAUUUGUGUUUUUUUUUUACAUCGUGAACACACCUUUUCUAAACAUAGCAAUACCAUAGUAAAAACGUCAAAUCAUGACGUUUCUCAUGACACAAAAAAAAUUGAAACAUUUGUGUUCAAUAAAUUUGUUCUGUUCAUAAAAGAUGCCAAAAAAAAGUGAAAAAGAAAAUAUAAUUUUAUUGGAAAAUGCUUCUGAUAAAAUUAUGUUGAUUGAAAGUGAUGCAGAAAGUGAAAACGAAGAUGGUGUCGAUGAAAUCCUUAACAUUUUAUCAACAUUGGACAGCGAUCGUUUCCGCCAAAUGUUGAGAAUGGAAAGACAUCAAUUCGAUCUUUUGCUUUCCUUAAUUAGUGAUGAUGAAGAGUUUCAAAAACCACAUGCGUGCAAACAAUUCUCAAUUGGACUACAACUGGCCAUUGUUCUCUACCGUUUAGGUUCAUCAGGUGAAAACGCAUCUGUUAGGAAAAUUGCAACAACUUUUGGAGUUGGAGAUGGAGGUACAUUGAGCAAAAUUACUAAUAGAGUUUUUCGAGCUCUAAUAAAACAGCUACCCAAGUAUAUAUUUUGGCCAAACAAUGAAGAGAGAAAAAAAAUCGUUGCCGAAACUUAUCAUGAGCUACCAUUAUGCAUAGGCUAUAUUGAUGGUACGGAAAUAAAGUUGGCAGAGGCACCAGUAGUAGACCACGAAGCAUAUUUUUCACGAAAUCACAUAUAUUCAAUUAAAGCUCAAGUAGUAUGUGUUAACAAGUUACGGAUUCGUGAUGUUGUAGUUGGAAGCCCUGGCAGCAGUCACGAUGCCAAAAUUUUUAAGAACUGCUCAAUUUUUAAAAACAAAGAGAAUUAUGUCUCGGCUCACCAAUGGAUCGCGGGAGACUCUGCGUAUCCCCUCAGCGACUUCCUUAUAACACCAUUCAGAAGCAACUCAGAGCAAUUGGACAGUUCAAAACGAAAAGCAUUCAAUUUACGACACAGCAGAUAUCGAGUAAGAGUGGAACAUUGCUUCGGCCUACUUAAAGAAAAAUUUGGCAGCCUAAAAGAACUAAGGAUGCGCAUUCACAACAAAAACAGCCACAAAAUGUGUUGCAAGUGGAUAAUAGUAUGUUGUAUCAUACAUAACAUCUUGUUAAGUGAAUCUGAUUUGGAAUUGGGUAGAUCUUUUCAAAAUGAAGACAUUGGAGAGGAAGAAGAUUGUCCUUAUGAAAAUAAUACAAAUAAGAAAAAUUCUGAGAUAAAAAGGCAAGGAUUGUAUUAUCUCAUGUUUGAAUAAGCAGUACCUAUCUUUCUGUUUUAAGGUAUUUUCUUUCUUGGAGACAAAAAAAGUGAAAAGAAAUUAAAAAUCGAAUUCAUUUGCUUUUUUAUUUUUUAUCACAUUUGUGAGUUAUUAAA